AUGACUGUACCCAUUCCGGGCAAGGAAGGAGAUUUCUUGGUCACUGUCAGCCUUGGUUUGCUGAGCCGCUCAUUGACCUUGAUACUGGACACCGGAUGUGACCUCUACUGGACACAGGACAUCCCCUGCCCCGAUGACGGAUGCUAUAAGCAAGAUGACCCUUACUAUGAGCCCUCCAGAUCCUCCACAUAUUCUGACCCACAGUUCUAUCACUCACCCUCCACCUAUAAAAUUUUCUACGAAGAUAAGUCGUAUUCCUAUGGGUACUAUGCAAAAGAUACCCUCACGCUCGGGCCAAAUUACAAGUUCCCAAACUUUGUCUUCAGUUGUGGACAGAACAAUAGCAGUAAUGGUUUUGGGUCCACAGCGGGCAUUCUUGGCUUAGGGAAAGGCACUCACACCUUAGUCUCGCAGACGGCAUACAAAUUUAACCAAAUUUUCUGCUACUGCGUCCCACCCACAUUCAGCACAAAUGGGUACCUUCUCUUUGGACUAGAAGCACGGAAAUAUUGCCAUCCUGAAAUGUUCACGCCUCUCGUCUCAGCCCGCCCUGCCCGGCCCCAUUACAAGACUAUCAUCGACUCAGGGACAACCAUAACUCGGCUUCCCCAAUCAGUUUAUGCAGUGCUCCGUUCAGCGUUCCAGGACUAG